AUGACGUACGUCGACGCUGGCGCUGCUGGGACCUGCCAGGAGGCCACGCCGCUCGUAGACAAGAGUAGCAGGCGCAACCCGACCGUGCUGUAUGUGCUGACGCUGUGCUCCACCAUUGGCGGCUUCCUUUUCGGCUACGACACGGGCGUGAUCUCGGGGGCGCUGGGGCUGCUCAAAGGGCCCGAGGCCUUCCGCCUGACGGACCUCCAGAGCGAGAGCGCCGUGUCCGCCGCCGUGUUCGGCGCCAUCGCCGGCGCGGCGCUCAGCAGCUGCGACAACCACGUCUUCGGGUGGCGGCCCGUGAUCCUGCUGUCGUCCGCCAUGUUCGCGCUGGGUUCGUGCCUCAUGGAGGCGGCACAGACCUUCGUGACGCUGCUCUUCGGCCGGCUCAUCGUGGGGGUGGCCAUCGGCUUCGCGUCCAUGACCGUGCCGCUCUACAUCGCCGAGGUGUCGCCCCCUGACAUCCGAGGGCGCCUGGUGUCGCUCAACACGGCGCUGGUCACGGGCGGCCAGUUCUUCUCUGGACUGCUGGACGCUCUGCUGGCCGAUGUGGACGGUGGCUGGAGAUACAUGCUCGGUCUGGCAGCCGUCCCUGCAGCUGUGCAGUUCUUUGGUUUCUUGCUGCUGCCCGAAAGCCCGAGAUACUUGAUCAGUAAAGGCAGGAUGGAGGAGGCGAAGGCUGCGUUGAGGAAGAUCCGAGGCACGGACGAUGUGCAGACGGAAGGCAGCCACAUUGAGGCGGAGAUCGAGCGUGCAGAGGAGCAGAACGCGAAUAUAUGGGACGACAUUCGCUCUCCUGCGGUGCUGCGAGCGCUGGGGCUCGGCUGCUUCCUGCAAGCUCUUCAACAGCUCUGCGGGAUCAACACUGUCAUGUACUACGGCGCCACCAUCAUCCAGCUCGCAGGGUUUACGGGUCCGACCACGGCCAUUUGGCUCUCAGCGCUCGUGUCCUUCAGUAACUUCAUCUUCACCUUCGUAGGGAUUUACCUCGUGGAUCGCAAAGGUCGGUGGGUGCUUACCCUUGCAAGCCUCAUCGGCAUCGUGUUGUUCCUCACAGCGCUGGGAGCGAGCUUCUACUCGGCAGAACUGGGGGGAGAGGCUCGGAAAACCUUUUCCUCCCAAGUCUCGGACACAGGCUGA